CAUCCUGAUAUUCAAAUGUGUUAUCAAAAUGUUAUGACAAAUUACGUGAAUACUAUGGAAGAGAAGUCUGAGUUCCAACGUAAAGAAGGAUGUCGAUUAAAAGGCAACUCUUGUUGUGCUCUUAAGCAUGCAGUGCGUUCACUUACAAAUCUAGAUGAUUUUGUCAGUGAGCGUAUUGGUGAAGGUUUCUUCUCUGAAGUAUACCGUGUUACUCACCGAAACACUGGAAAAGUAAUGGUACUCAAAAUGAAUAUCAAACAAUCAAAUCGGUUCAAUAUGCUUAAAGAAGUGCAGCUUAUGAACAAGCUUUCACAUCCUAACAUACUUGGAUUUGAAGGUGCUUGUGUAUAUAAAGGACAACUCCAUGCAUUAACUGAGUAUAUCAAUGGUGGAAGUUUGGAACAAUUAAUUGAGUCUGAUAUUGAUCUUUCAUUUAAAGUAAGAAUGAAAAUAAGUCUAGAUAUUGCAAGGGGCAUGAAGUAUCUUCAUUCAAGAGACAUAUUUCAUCGUGAUUUAACUUCAAAAAAUGUUUUAAUUAAAAAAAAUGAAUCAACUGAAGAUCUGACUGCUGUUGUGGCCGAUUUUGGUCUAGCUGCAAAAAUACCAAAGAAAGGACAAAGGUUACAGCAAGUUGGUUCACCUUGGUGGAUGUCACCAGAAUGUGUUAAAGGCAAUGUAUAUAAUGAAAGCAGUGAUGUUUUUAGUUAUGGAAUUGUGUUAUGUGAAAUUAUUGCCAGAGUGAAAGCAGAUCCAGAUAUUUUACCUAGAACCCAAAAUUUUGGUCUGGAUUAUAUAGCUUUUGUUGAGUUAUGUUCAUCUUGUCCUCCACCAACUAUGUUUCUCAAAUUAGCAUUUUCUUGUUGCCAUUUGGAUGCUAAAUCACGUCCAACAUUUAAUGAAAUAGUUCAACAACUAGAAGAAGCAAUUGCUUUCCCACUUACAGUAAAUUCAAAUUUAUCUGGAUCACGGAGAUGUCCAGUUGUUACAACUCGGUCAAAUCCUUGCUCAACAGCGAUGGUGGAAGCACGAAGUGAAGAGUUCCUGCUACAGAAUAAUGGACCUGAAGAAAAUAGUCAUAAAAAAUUGUGUCACAGUAGAUCAUUGUCAGAAGAUGAAGGUAUAUUGGCUUUUCCAGCACAUACGGCUCCAUCAGACAAAGCACGAUGUCAUUUUGUUCAACCUCUACGUUAUGUGGGUGAAAGUAUGUGUCGUCAAGAUCCACAUUAUAAGCCUUGCCCGUCCAAAUCCAAUCCUUUUCAUAAAUUGGAUGCAAAGUUUCAAGGCGUUCAAAAGAUACUUGCUUCAACAAAUGGUUCAGAUUUAUUUUCAUCAUGUUGUGAACUACCAUCACCUGGUUAUGUGGAGCUUGAUAGGCGGUGUUCUUUAAGUGUGUCAAGUGGUGGUACACUUAUUGCGGACUCAUCUAUACCUAAAGGAAAACAUAGAAACAUUGAUAAGUCUUCAAAAAAAUGUCGCUCUACAUCUUUGCCAUCAUCUCCACUAAUGUCUAGAACUAAUGGAAGACGGUGGAUGUCAUUAACAAAUAUUGAUAAUACUGCUAAAACAUUUCCUACUGUAACAGUUGAUUCGUGUUGGACCGAUCUCACAAUUCCUGUCAACUCUGGUGUAGCUAAUCUAAGACGGAGAGGCUCAUGCGAAUCUGGUUUUUACAGUAGUGUUUGUGAUGAUUUUUGUUUACCAGGACUUGAGUGCCAGCAUGCAACUAAUGCUUCAUCAGUGACUUUGUCAUCUGGUUCAGCUACAUCAUCAUUGUUCCUUGACUCCACUGGUGAUGAACACCAUCUUAGACCUGGCGGGUAUUGUUUUCUACACAAUAACACACAUCAUAGUUCAGAUGACCUAUCAACAUGUAAUGAAUGGGAAAACCAUCAAAAGACUAGACAUAUAAGUAAAAUUGUUGAGUAUUUUGAAGAAAAACAGAGUCAACGGGAGACACAACCCUCCAUACGACCAAGGCGUUCAGGUCUUGUAUCUGGAGUUUUACGACGUGCAACAAACACAACUAGUCCAAAUGUAUGUGGCAAACGUAUUUUGGUUUGUGAAGGAGCUGUAAGGUCAAAACUAAAGCUUUUUGAUAGAAAAUAAAAUUUCUAUUCAGGGUGCUACUUACCAUUAAAAUUUUUUUUAUUAUUAUAUUUUUUUUUCAUGAUUGGUUGUUUUCCAAAAUUUGUUUCAUCUAGUCAUAGGUACUACAAAAUGCCAAAACAGUAUAAUGUAUAUUAAAACCAUAGCAAUAAUAUUUAUUUACAAUAGUUGCCAUUUGUUUCUUAUUUUUUGGUAAGCAUGAAGGGGGUUUAAAUGUGUAUAGAAGUUAUAAAUAUAAUUUUUUUGUUGUUUUUUUUUUUAAUAUUUUAUUCAGGGAACUAUUAUACAAUUAGAAAGUUCAACUCAAAAUUAAAAGAACUAUUUUUAUUGUAA